UAAAAUUAUAGGAGUCUGACUUGGAAGUCUUGGCUUAUAUGGCUUCCAAACCAGGUAUCCUUACUGACUGGCCUUGGAAGUCCCUUGGAAGCUUCAAGUAUGUGAUAUUGGCUCCAUGGGUGGUUCAUAGCAUAUACUCAUUAAUAAUCAAAGAUGGGAAGGAGAGAGACCCUGUUUACGUUCUAUUUUUCCCAUUUCUGUUGUGGAGGACACUUCACAACCAGAUUUGGAUUUCUCUAUCUCGAUACCGAACAGCUAAAGGCAACAAUAGGAUCGUUGAUAAGAGUAUCGAAUUCGAGCAAGUUGACAGGGAAAGCAACUGGGAUGACCAAAUAUUGUUGAAUGGGAUCCUUUUCUACGUGGGUUACAUGAUACUUCCUGGGGCUGCUCACAUGCCCAUAUGGAGAACAGAUGGUGUACUUCUUACAAUUCUUCUUCAUAUGGGGCCUGUUGAGUUCCUAUACUACUGGUUACACAGAGCAUUGCACCAUCAUUAUCUUUACUCACGCUAUCAUUCUCAUCACCAUUCCUCGAUUGUCACAGAGCCCAUCACCUCUGUCAUCCACCCUUUUGCUGAACACCUAGCAUAUUUUAUACUGUUUUCAAUACCACUGUUAGCAGGAAUUUUCAUGAGAAAGAGCUCCAUUGCAGCCGUCUUUGGUUAUAUUUCUUAUAUUGAUUUCAUGAACAACAUGGGACACUGCAAUUUCGAGCUGAUCCCUAAGAUGCUAUUCUCCAUUUUUCCACCUCUUAAGUACCUCAUGUAUACCCCCUCGUAAG